GCCUGCACGGGCCACUGGAGGUCUCAUGACCUCUCUCCAGCCUUUGUAUAAAAGGAGUGAAGAUGUUAUUCCUAAAUACAAUUUUGAAUGCUGCAUUCCGGUUUGUGGUGGGGAUUGUGGGCUGAAGUACGAUCGAAACAAAGGUGUAAACAUGAAGAUAACUCUCUUCUUCCUGAUACUCGUCCUAGCCUCAGCCAAUACGUUGCCCAGUCCAGAGAACGAUCAAAGAAACAUAGAAAAGACCAAAAGCGAAACAGAAACCAUCGCGGAAACGGCUCGAAACGCUCGUUAUAGUAAGGAAAAAUUUUCUUCCAAGUACGACAAGCAAAAGAAUGAUGUUAGUCAGUUCCUUUCUACCAAGAACAUCAUUCACACAAUCGUCAAACUGUUCUUUGGAAGUAAUGAUGAAAGUGCAGCCACCUCGCGGCAAAUAUUAAAUAUUCUAGUGAGUUUACUAGAUAUGUUACAAUCGACCUUCAGCCAGCGUGCCCGUGCACGAGGAUUGCAAGGAACCAUGGGAGAUGCAGGGCUGGCUGGAGCAAUUAUGCUGCAGGGUUACGUGAAGUCCAUCCUCACUAAAGACGAGCAGUGUAUGCAGAGGUACUUAUGCGAAGCAAGCAAGAAGGCCGUCGGUGAAAGCAAAGAGAUUGGCUACUUAAUGGCUCAGAUCGGAGGUUAUGCUGCAAGUUAUGCCUUGGAAAACCAGAAAGCAACACCUUUUGAGGACAGUUAUAAUGCCUCCAGGAAAGGACGAAGUGGGGAGGACUGUUAUACCACAUAUCAAGACUGCACUGAAGAACCAUGAUAUUCACCUUUAGUGACAUUUUAUUAUUUGCCUGCACGUGACUUCAACACUGUCCUACUUAGAAUGACCAGUCUAUACAACACAUCACACCUAGGUCAUCUGCAAGUGGACCCCGAGAUAGUUAUUCUAAUAGGAUAACUUGUCAUUACCUCCCAUUGUCUGCUGGUAAUGGAUGUUCCCUCUGCUGGUCAGAUGUUGAAUUUUUCUUUGUAGAGACAAUUACAUUGGGUAUACAUAGUAGAAGGAAAUGUAAAUUAGUUUGUAUAUGUAUACAACAAUCUGUCAUUAUUUAUUUUUGUGCACCAGUUUCAUUUCAAUAAAAGUACUCUUGA